AUGUCAUCUGUAGGCAUCGCUGCUCGUGCAGCUACAGGGGGAAAUUCGAGCACUGGCGGCGGCUCCCACUAUCAGAAUGACGCGACCAAACUCUACCUCGAUGGACUCAACAAGUCGCUGGGACACAACUACCUCUGGGCCUUGCUCGGUGUUGUCGGCCUCAUCCUUGCGCACUCGGCAAUGACACGGGUGAACGCGCAUCUUCGACACCUGGCAUCCAUGGGCGGGACGGGUGCUUUGCAGUACUUCGCUUCAUCUUCUCCGGGCCUGUCUCUGCUCAAGAGCACGCUUCUUUACGCACCACUUCUAUUCUACCGGCGAGCGAGAGAAAUCAGAUUCUCGCAGCAUGUCAACUUUGGAACCCUUCCUACGCGCUUCCAGGCCCUCUUCAUCCUCCUCAUCACGGGCACAAAUUUCUUCGCCUGCACCUGGAAUAUCCCGUGGUCAGAUGCUGAACUGCAGGUCCUGCCUAUCCUACGCAACCGCACCGGAACGCUGUCAGUCGUGAACCUGAUCCCGAUCAUGGUUACGGCUUCCAUCAAGAAUCCUCUGAUAUCAUUGCUCGACAUCUCUUACGACACCUUCAAUUUGAUGCACCGCUGGUUUGGUCGCCUGGCAGUCUUGCAAGCCGUCGCUCACACUGUAUGCUGGCUCGUGUCCAAAGUACAACGCUACGGCUGGUCGGGUGUGAAGACGUCAAUGCAGUCUUCCUUCAUCUACAGCGGCUUGAUUGCCACUAUUUGUUUUGUUGUCAUUCUCUUAUCGAGCCCAAAGCUCUUCCGGAACUUGGCCUACGAAUUUUUCCUACACUUACACAUUGUGCUUGCUGUGUUGGUACUGGUCUUCCUGUGGAUACACCUGGAGGAUCUCCCUCAGCGGGGCUUAUUGCUGGGUGCGGUCAUCAUAUGGGUUGUAUCGAGGUCCUGGCGGCUUGCGAUAUUGCUGUACAGAAGCGUCGGCAGGGGCGGCUCAAAAGCGAAGAUUGAGCCCCUCAGUGGCGGUGCAGUCAAAAUCACCCUUCACCUGGCGCGACCCUGGAAAUACCGGCCUGGUCAGUCGCUGUACCUGACGGUACCAUCCAUCGGUCUCUGGACUGCACAUCCCUUCUCUGUUGCCUGGUGCGGUGCCGAGGACUCUUUAAGUCAGUCCAUCUCUCGAAAGUCUAGCUACAACGAGAAAGCUCCAAUCGUCCGCGUGCAAGAUAGGGACAUGGAAAGAGCCACAGGAGUGGAAAGUAUAUCGCUGAUCGUCAAGAAACACACCGGUCUCACACGCAAACUCUGGACCCUCGCUAUGACAGGGCAGACAAGCCUCCCAAUCACGGCUCUGGUCGAGGGUCCUUACGGUGGCGAACACAGUCUGUCCAGCUAUGGAACCGUCGUCCUCUUUGCGAGCGGCGUAGGAAUCACCCAUCAAUUGGGAUACGUCAAGGACCUUGUGGAAGGAUACGCCAACGGCACUGUUGCGGCACGGCGUGUCACCUUGGUCUGGGUCGUGCCCACCACAGAAUGUCUGGACUGGGUCCGACCAUGGAUGCACGAGAUCCUGGCACUGGAGGGCCGCAGAGAAGUGCUCAAGGUCCUCUUGUACAUCACACGAGCUGGUCUAAGUCAGGCCAUCAAGAGUCCGAGCGAGCAGGUCCAGAUGUCAAGAGGUAGGCCCGAUGUGGAGUCCAUCAUCCGGCGCGAGGCAUUGCACAAGAUGGGCUGUAUGGGAAUCAGCGUCUGCGCGGGCGGGGGGCUGGCUGACGAAGUGAGGCGCGCUUCGAGGUUGGUGCUCGACAAAGGUGUCAACUUGGAUCUCAUUGAAGAGGGUUUUGGUUGGUAG